AUGGAAGUGACGACCAGGUGUGGGAAACUCCCUUCUCUUACUGCAGAGCUCUGGCGGGAGUCCUGGACAGUGUCGGAGGGCCGCAGUGCGGCGACCGGCCGCAGGUUCAGCCUCGGAGCCUCCCUUCCUCCCCGCCUUCGCCUUUCUCUGGAGAUCAACGCGCCCCUCUUGGGGUUUUCAGGGGCGCGCAGCUGCCCCGGCCCCGGCCCGGGGGAGCCGCCCUACGCCAGCCGGGAUGGGGGUCUGCGAGGCCGGAGUGCGCCCCGCGGCGGGGGAGGGGGAGCCGUGACUCACCGCCUGUAA